CUUUAUCUUUACGAACUGAUCAUUUCGCACAUCGAAAAUUUGCUUCUGAAGCGUAUAGGAACAAACAAAAUCUUAUAGAAAAGAUUGUUCAAAAAUAUGCUGUAGACGUAUCGCCGGGUCAAAAAGUGAAAAGUGGAGAUUUUGUAACUAUCCAACCUGAACAUGUGAUGACUCACGACAAUUCGGCUGUCGUCAUGUCAAAAUUUAAAAAUAUUGGAGCAAAAUCUAUUAAAUUUCCUAAGCAACCUGUAUUUACACUUGAUCAUAAUGUACAAGAUAAAUCAGAAAAGAAUUUGGCAAAAUAUAGAUCAAUAGAAGAAUCUGCCAAAUUGCAUAAUAUUGAUUUUUAUCCUGCUGGUAGAGGAAUUGGUCAUCAGAUAGUUGUAGAAGAAGGUUAUGCUUUUCCUUAUACAUUAACUGUAGCUUCUGAUUCUCAUUCAAAUAUGUACGGUGGGAUAAGUUGUUUAGGAACACCUAUAGUUAGAACAGAUGCAGCAGCAAUUUGGGCCACAGGUAAAACAUGGUGGCAAAUUCCACCCAUAGUAAAAGUUGAAUUCAAAGGGAAAUUAUCUACUGAAGUUACUGGAAAAGAUAUCAUAAUCACAUUAUGUGGAAUGUUUAAUAAAGAUGAAGUAUUAAAUUGUGCAAUAGAAUUUACGGGAGAAGAAAGUAUUUAUGGAAUUAGUAUUGAAGAUCGAUUGGCUAUAGCUAAUAUGACGACUGAAUGGGGUGCAUUAGCUGGAGUAUUUCCAGUAGAUGAUAGAACAAUAAAGUGGCUUAGAAAUAGAGUUGAUAAAUUAGAACUUUUGAAAGAUCAAAAUAAAAAUUUAAAGGAUCUAACAAAUAAUAAACCAUUUGUUCAUCCUAGAAUCAAUCAUUCUAGAAUUGAUGAAAUUGAAAAAAAUCCAUUACAAUCAUCUCCCGAAUCAUAUUAUGCAAAGCAUUUGACUUUAGAUUUAUCAACUGUAUCUCCGUAUGUUUCAGGUCCUAAUUCUGUAAAAGUUUCAACAUCUGUUGCUAAACUUGAAAAAGAGAAUGUUGCAAUACAAAAAGCAUAUAUUGUUUCAUGUGUCAAUUCUCGUGCAUCUGAUUUAAAAGCUGCUGCUAAAGUCAUUAAGGGUCAUAAAGUGGCAGAUGGUGUAGAACUUUAUGUAGCUGCAGCUAGUAGUGAAGUGCAAAAUGAUGCCGAAGAAAGCGGUGAUUGGCAAACACUCAUUGAUGCUGGUGCAAAGACUUUACCCGCUGGAUGUGGACCAUGUAUUG